AUUUGUCUCACGCGUGAAGUAUUUUCAAAGUGCGGACUACAUUUAAAAAGAAAAACUCAGAUGCCUGGAAAAAUAAUUACAUUCAGUUUUGGAUUAAUGUCCUCAUUAUUUUCUCGAUUAAUUAUUGAAAAUGAAAUGUAAACGGUUCUAGUAUUGCUAAAUGUUUUGUAUUGUCUGGUAAGUCCAAAACCUAAAUAUGUUCAGUUUUAUAGCAUAUAUGACAAGAAGGAAAGCAGAAUUUUUUUUUACAUUUGAGAAAAGGAACAAACUUUUAUAUACUCUAUAAACAAAUUUACUUAUUAGUGUGUCUGCAAGUACUAUACUUAUUUCAUAAUUUCAGCCUGAACAUAGAACAAAGCACAUGCACCUCUAAAUGUUAUUUGCUACGACACUAUGUUCAUUAUGUUAAUGUUCCUUUAUUUUUUUACUUAAGCAAUCAGUAAAUACAUAAGGAAAUAUAACUGCAUCACUUUGUUAUAUUUAAUUUAUCUAUUUUAUAUAAUUUUAAACUGAGUAUAUUGGGGUUUUGGACUCUCGGCUGAACAAAUCAAGACCUCUGAAGAUUUUCAACAGUAUUUAACAUUUUUAGGGACAAUUGGUAAAUCAAUUUAACACUUUACCUUACAACAAGUUUACACGUUUCUUGUCAUUGUAUGACAAAAAUAAACGUGGAAUCUAUUCCCAAUUUGCUACAUGUUUAUAUUACGUUUUAAGAUUAUAUAUCAAUUCUAACAUUGUAUAUUAUCUUUUUAACGUCAAGCAUUAAAUUAAGAUUAACACCUAUCUGGGUAGAUUACGGUAUAAAUCCAUGUUUACAGCUCUGGGAAGCUAUGCUUUAGUUCAGUGGUGCUUUAUAGUAUAUGCUAUCUACAGUCUAGUUUAGAGUAUUGCUUGCUAGAAAUGUUGCUAAUAUAUAUUUAUAUUUAUCUAUAAAUAAAGUAGAAGGGUUUUUAAAGGCUAAUGUCGACCAGAAAACGCCUGAAAACUGAUCUAAACUCGAGCCUCCGACCGCCGAUCUACACGAACUCCACUUCCCAGGAGUCAGCGCGCUCGACGAGGCCGCCCCCAUUUUUACCACCACGUGAUCGCCUCCGACCAAUGUGGAGUGUCGUUACAGGCGCAAUGCGGUUGUCGGGAUGUAAGGAGGAAUGGCGACGGUCGAGACGGUUUUGGAGGCCAGAGUCGAGAUGAAUUUCGACCAAACAGAAGCCGAACACAGGUUUGAAACCCUUUGUGAGCGACUGAGUCCCAAAAUGGAAUCUGAAGUGACGGUGACCUCCUCGUCCCCGGGCUCGGUCUCGUCCCCCACCCCCCAGACCGCCACGGCUCAGGCCAGCCUGGCGGCGAAGCAGAGAGACGGCAGCAAGGCCGCGUCCACGACUCCCUCCUUCCUCUCCAACCUGGGGAGGGCCACCCUGCGGGGGAUUCGCAAGUGUCCUCAGUGUGGCGUCUACAACGGCACCCGGGGGCUCAGCUGCAAGAACAAGGUGUGCGGGAUUUCCCUCAGAAACGCGUCCUCGGCGGCGGGCAGGAGCGGCAAGAAGUGCGCGGUGGACGUGGUGAGAGUGAUAAUAGACAGUGAAGAAGGAGUGGGGAAGGAGCACGAGAGUGGAGGAGGAGGAGGCGGAGUCCUGGGUGGCGGUGGCGGGUCAAGUGCAGGAGUGCAAGUGUUUUCAGUGUGUCACCGAGGAAGAGGAGCGGCGCAGUCGGGCUUCGUCGAACUCGUCCCCACGGACACGGCCAUAGCGACGGGCGACGGCGCCGCCCUGCUGACCCGCAUCAACCUGGGCCGCUGCUUUUUGCCGUCGUGCCGGCAGGGUCAAAGGUCAAAUCCGGGCGAGGCGGAACCGGGGGCCAAGCAGUCGCCGGACGGCAGCCUCUGCGUCCACAUCAAGCGGGCGAUCGAGUGCCGGAGCCGCUCCACGCCGCUCACCGUGAAGAGCUCCGUCCUGGAGGGGCUGCGGGCCUCCGUGCAAGCCAGGAAGGAGCUGUGGUGGCUGGCCACGGAGACCCCGGGCCCCCUGGUGCAGCGCGUGGCGAAGGACACGCUGGUGGUGAAGUGCCACGUGGACUCCCAGCAUCCCCUGGGGCUGCUGCACCUCACCGUGGGCGGGCCGCCGGAGGGCUUAAAGAGCGAGAGGAAGGUCAGAGAGCAGCAGGCGCAGCGGCGCGCCGCGUUCCACUGCGCCUGCCGGGGCGGCGGCGUGGGCAGGAAGAGCAAACCGGGCGUCGACGCGGCGGGCGGGUCCGCCGGCUCGCGUCCUCCGUCUCCCGGCCCGGCGGCGCCACCGCAGCCCUGCCUCCACUUCUACGCCUGCGUGUGCGCCUUCGCGAGCGACGAGAGACUGGCGUCGGAGUUCGCCGCCUUCAUCGAGGACACGGCGAGCGGGGAUCGACACGACGCGACCGGCCGAUUGGUCGGUCCCGGGGAGGAGCCUCUGCCUCAGGCCGAGCCGCUCGGCUCUCAUCUCAAGACAAAGAAGCUUCGCCUGGAGGAAUCUCUCUCUGGGAGCACGCAGGUCGUGGAUGAGCGCACGGUGACGAUGGGCUUCCAGCAGUGGCUGGCCGGCGUCACGGAGAGGAUCCACCAGGCGAUGCACUACCAGUUCGAUGGGAAACCUCCGCCGCUGGUGUUCCACAUACCGCAGGAGUUCUUCAUCGCUCUGCAGCAGCGUCUGUCGCUGGGCUCCAAGAAGAGGAGGCUGCCCAACCUCACAACAGCGUUGUUGAAGAAUGACGGACUCACUCUCGGCUCCAAGUACACCUGGCACGUCACCAAUCUCCUGCAAGUCAAGCGCAUCUUCGACACCUCGGAGUUGCCUCUCGAGCUCUCGCAGAGUUUUGUGAGGAACGCCGACGGCUCUUACUCGAGCUUCCGCUGCCCCGAGCCGCCGCCCGAGCCAGAACUACCGGAGGGGUACCGGCCGGACCGGCCGCAGGCCAUCCGGCCGAUGGAGCUGCGCACCUUCCUCAAAGUCGGACCGGCGGACCAGAAGGAGGCCGGCCCGUUUGUGAUCGAGUGGAUCCCGGACGCUCUGCCCCGCUGCCGCCUGGGAGAGCUGCGCAUCGGCUUCGAGUUCGGCCACCAGCAGAGCGGUCAGCCGGAGGACGGCGAGAAGGCGAGCGCGGCGGAGAAGGGAGGCCGCGGCAGGCCGGACUCCGCCCACACGAAACACGCCGUGGAGAUCAUUCAGCUGGUGAUCCAGUGACGGUAACCAUGGGAACACGAAUGAGACGACGGAUAUGGAUUCAUACGCCUCGGUGUGGGACUUACCCCAUUUAUCGUUGUUGUAUUAUGCAAGGUAUGGAUAAUCAAUUGCCACGUGAAUUAACCGGUUUAAUAUUAAUCAGUAUUAUAAUGCCUUUUAAAAUAUCCAUAACAUCAAACUCAAAAAUUUUAAAUGAUUAGUUUCUUUAUUUUUACAUUUAUUUCAACACUUUUUACCUGAGAUUAUACAACCAGUUAAAACAUAAAUAAGAUUUAAAAGCAAAAAUCUUUGUCUUGUUUAUCAGUAGAAACAACAAGCAUUUAAAAUGCUUCAUAACUCAUUUAUAAAUGUGAAGCUGCUUGUAUUUCAGGCUCAACCGUAUUACAAUUACGAGUGCAAACACACUUAUAAUCGGACAAAACAGCCCAAACAAAAGGUGUGUGUUAUUAUAUACAACACACGGAGGAUUAUGGGUGAAGAGCCAUACUGAUACAGGAAGUGGGCGGUGUGCAGUGUGUGGCUAUGCAAGGUAAACGUCAUGCAGGAUGUAUAGAUGCACACAUGUUGAAGCACAGUUUGGGUGCAUAUUAAACUCACAAUAUAUCAUUUUUAGUUAAAUGUUAGGUCAUAGUGCAACAGGUUAUUGACACCUUGUGACUAAAUGUACCUGCGUUUGUUCUGCAGCCGUGACUGAUUUGCGUGACGUCAUUUCAAUCCUCCAAACAAAAGGUAUACCAUCACAAAAUAUGAUGUGUAAACGUGAUGUGUAUUAUCGUACGGGUUAAUGUUGGAGGUACCUCUUUGUGGAACGAUGUCGUUCUCCAUCAGCUCCCCGACUUCCGUGAGUGGAUGGAUGCUCAGACCUCCACCAGCAGGUGGAGACACACGCCUCCCUCACCACGAGGAGAGAAGGUGGAAUACUGUCACAAGUUACACCGAUUUACAAGAUGACAUUAAAUAGGAGACGGGAGAAUAAAUAUUCUGAAAGCAAUACAGAAGGCUUGAGAGCCUUUGCUGCAUAUGUGCCGUAUUAUUUUUUUACAUUUUUAACUGUCACCUGGUGCCUAAAUUUCGUGUUUUCCUUUUCACAAAUAAAGAUUAUUCAAAGCAGAAAUGAAAUCUCGAAAUUUCAAGAUGUUUCCCCACAAAUGGCACAUUGUGUGAGAUGUUGUUCCGAGUUCCACCAGCAGGUGGAGACAUCCGCCUUCUCUCGUCUCCACAUUGACUCGUAGAGAAGGUGGACUAGUGACAGGAUUAUUCAACCUGCCUCACUCUGAGAAACCCAGUGUAACCGACACCUCGUUGUUCCCCGUUUCUGUGUUAGAAAAAAAUAAAUAAAAUUA